AUGAACACCAGCAAUGAUCUGAAGAGCAGCGUGGCCCUUGCGUCUCCCCAGGAAGGUCAACAAAGUACCACGAAGGAUCUACCUGGGGAGAUCGUAGCCAACGGCCAUCAAUCUUCAUCGACACGUCCCACAUCUCACCCUCCCUCCAAAGAACGCCCGUCCUCCAGCUCUGCCUCCCAAAGAUCCCUCGAUCAUGCUAGGCCCGACCCCGAAGAACCAUCCCCCGAAGAUUUACCGCCAUCUCAACACUAUCUUGACGGCAGAGGCAACUUGUUCCGAGUGACCUUUAUCGGAGUGGCUUGUGCUACGCAGCUCUUUGCCCAAGCGGGGACGGGCCUGAUCAUGGUACCGUUAUAUGUCAUUGGGCCUGCUUUGGGGACGGUGGAUCCAGGGCAGCUGAGCUGGAUGGUAGCGAGCUAUGGUAUGACUGUGGGGAUGUUUCUUGUUGCUGCCGGGCGUCUAGGGGAUCUCUACGGCCCUAGACUAUGGUGGUCCAUCGGUAUCGCAAUCAUGGUCGUAUCGAACAUCGGCUCAGGGUUUUGCAAAAGUCCCAUUCCUUUCGACAUUACCCGUGCCAUAAACGGGAUCGGGUCAGCUUUGUCUUUACCUAAUGCUAUCGCCAUACUUGGACGUACCUACCCGCCUGGGCAGGCAAGGAACGUGGCGUUCGCGAUGUUGGGAGCGCUGGCGCCUGCCGGGUUCUGGGUCGGAGGGCUGAUCGGGGCACUGUUUGGGCAGUUGGUGAGCAUGGGAUGGAUAUUCUGGUUUACCGCCAUCCUCAUGACGGUUUUCCUUGUCGGUGGCCUCUUGAUCCUUCCUCCAGACGAACCCCAUCGCAACCCCUCCGAAAGGGUCUUCGACUACCUUGGCGCUCUUCUCCUCGCUUUGGGCCUCGGUCUUUUCAAUUUUUGCUGGAACCAAGCCCCCGUAGCUUCAAGAAGAUGGAGUGAACCCUACGUCUACGCCCUCUUUAUCGUCUCUUUCGUCUUUUUUGGGGCAUUCUUGUGGUGGGAGAGGAGAAUGGGCAAGAACGCUCUGGUCCCCGUGGAAGUCUUGACAAGAGACAGUCUGCUGGUAUAUCUGUGCUUGUGGCUUGGGUGGAUGAGCUUUGGUACUUUCUUGCUGUAUACUACACUAUUUAUACGAAACAUCCGUAAUCAUCAUGACCCUCUCACCAUCGUGGCAGAGAUCAUCCCUAUUGUGCCUGGAGGCAUGUGUGCUGCCAUGCUUGUCCCCGUGCUCAUUCACCGUAUCCCCGGCCACUUCAUCUUCCUCGCCGCCAUGUUCUCCUUCGUCGUCGGCAACCUGCUUGCCGCCACCGCCCCUACAAACUCGACAUACUGGGGCAACACCUUCUUCAGCUGCGUCCUUGUCGUCUUCGGGCCAGAUCUGAGCUUCAGUACCGGCCAGUUGAUCGUUAGCGACUCCGUUUCGAAAGAGUUUCAGGGGAUUGCGGCCGGGCUCGUGAGCAUGAUCACCAACUACUCAUUGUCCAUCGGUCUCGGUAUGACAGGUACCGUCGAGUCAUACGUCAGGGGAUCAGGGACGUCGACGCACGAUAUCCUCAAAGGCUAUCGCGCUGCAUUCUACUUUGCAACGGGGCUUGCGGCGCUGGCGACGGUGGUCGUGGCGUUGUUUGUGAGGAUGGGGAAGCAGGACAAGCAUCAGGGUGAGAAGCAUUAG